UGUCGUGAUUCAGCAGCACACGUGUAGCUGUUGUCAGGCUGUAAACUCAAGUCAUGUGUAGAAUUUAGAUGACUUUUGUAAACAUGCUGUACAUAUUUAUGUAAAUAUAUAGACUGAAAUACCGGGAUAACAUCUUUCUGCACACACACACGAGCUGCUGGAGAUUCAGGAGAUACAGGAGAAGUGUUCGGGUCCGGUUCGGGUCCACUCGGUUCUGUUCGUGUUGACGAUGUUUGUGGUGGUGGAGAUGGUGGACACGGUCCGGAUUCCUCCAUGGAGUUUCCAGCGGCCGCUGAAUGACGCAAUCGCAGAAGAACUCAACAAGAAACUCGCCAACAAGGUUGUGUAUAAUGUGGGGCUGUGUAUCUGUCUGUAUGACAUCACUAAACUGGAUGAUUCCUACAUCUUUCCUGGAGAUGGAGCAUCUCAUACUAAAGUUAAUUUCAGAUAUGUGGUGUUUCACCCGUUCCUGGAUGAGAUUCUGGUGGGAAAGAUUAAAGGCUGUAGCGCAGAGGGAGUUCAUGUCAGCCUUGGAUUCUUCGAUGACAUCAUAAUCCCACCAGAGUCGCUACAGCAACCGGCUAAAUUCGAUGAGGCGGAGCAGGUGUGGGUGUGGGAAUACGAGACGGACGAAGGCGCCCACGACCUCUACAUGGACGCAGGUGAAGAGAUCCGCUUCCGGGUUGUGGACGAGGUGUUUAUCGACACAUCACCCACUGGUCCCAGUACAGAGAAAGACGCCUCGACCGCACCUGCAACAACCAGCACAGCGCCACCUGCUGGCACGGAGGACAGCGCGCAGCAGAAAGAGGCUCCAUAUACACUCAUAGGAUCCGUGAGUGAACCUGGUUUGGGUCUUCUCUCCUGGUGGAACAGUUAACGAGACUCACAGCAUCUCUUCUGUGUUAUGGACUGGUUUUGCUGAUGGGAUGUUCACACAGACCCUGAGGAACACAUUCAGAUCUGCAGCUUCAUGA